AUGUAUGAUGGCAUAUUGGGGACAUUGACUGAUGUCAGCUUCAUCGCUAUGUGUUCUCCCAAACCUUUCAAGUUCGCAUCAAAUCAACAAAUUGAUCAAAGGACUCAUGUUUUAACCCAAGGAAUUGAUCAUGAAGAGUGUGACUUGUUCAAGGGUCAAUGGAUUCCAGACCAAAAUGGUUCUGCGUACACGAGUACAAACUGUUCAUGGAUACCUGAAUGGAAGAAUUGUUUCAAGCAUGGGAGGAAGGACACAGACUUUAUCAACUGGAGAUGGAAACCCAUCGAAUGUGAGCUUCCAAGGUUCGAUCCCAAGACCUUUCUGAGGAUUGUUCAACAUAAAAUAAUGGUAUUUGUAGGUGACUCUGUUGCCCGGAAUCAUAUGGAGUCACUUCUAUGUCUACUCUCUCAGGUGGUAGGUCCAACUGAAGUAGACAAGGAUGGCGAGGACAGAUCUCAGACGAUGUAUUUCUACUCACACAACUUCACCCUCGUAUUCAUCCCAACAACAUUCUUAGUCACCAGCGAGGAGAGAUUUAUCAAUGGUUCUUCAUUUGGCCCUUUCAACUUACAUCUUGACAGAAUUGACAACAAAUGGUCUCAAAAACUUCAAGGAUCAGACUAUGCUAUCAUCUCCGAUGCCCACUGGUUCUUCCGACCCAAUUACAUAUACGAGGGCGGGAUUCUGAUUGGAUGCGUGUAUUGCAGCGAUCUGAAUGUCACACAUUUCGGGCUUGACUUCGCCUUCCGAAAGGUCUUCCGUACUACCCUCGAGUUCAUCAGUGGUUGCAAGGAGUGCAAGGGAUUAACGACUCUGGUAAGGACAUUCUCACCAGCACAUUUUGAGAAUGGGGCUUGGAACGCUGGAGGAUACUGCAACAAGACCAGUCCCCUGGGUGAAGGUGAAAUUAACUUGGGAGGUUUUGAGUGGGAAUUGAGGACCGUUCAAGUGGAAGAAGUAGAAAGAGUGAGAAAAGGAGGACAGAGAGGACAGAGGUUUGUGGAGUUGGAUGUUACAAUGGCCAUGCUAAUGAGACCUGAUGGGCACCCUGGACCCCACUAUGGUAACCAACAGAUGACGGGUAUCAAUGACUGUCUACAUUGGUGUUUACCGGGGCCUAUCGAUGCAUGGAAUGAUUUGUUGAUGGCUGUGCUGAAAAAGGAAGCUGGUUUAUCACUUGAGGGUUGA